CUUGAAGGUUUUCAAGUUGGGGUUGCUUAGUUGAAAGUUCGUGAUUUAGGGUUUUACUUUCUCUGAUCGUGCCAUUGAAUUUAUGAGGAUAUGCGUUCCGAAACUAGUUUUCAUUUGAUUGGUUGCGAUUGGAAUUUUAUGGUUUAUUUAGUUUUGUUCGAUGUAUGACGGUUUGUUAGAGUGAAUUCCUACUGUUACAGUACGAUUCCUUGCUUUUAGUGAUGGAAAAUUCGUUAUCUGCACUUGUAUACAAAGGUUCUAUUCCUGAAGCCAUUCUCGAAUCUAAGAAGCAGAAGAAGCUCUUUGUUGUCUAUAUUUCUGGUUCAGAUGAAAAGUCAAUUGAAUUGGAAAAAUCCACGUGGACUGAUCCAAAAGUGGCAGAGUCACUGUCAAAAUACUGCAUUUUCUUGCGUAUACCGGAAUCAAGCACUGAUGCUGCAAAUUUUUGUGCAAUAUAUCCACAGAAGUCUGUCCCUUCUAUAGCAGCUAUUGGGUACAAUGGGGUUCAGCUUUGGCAAAGUGAAGGAAUUGUUAGUGGUGAAGUUCUGGCUUCCAGCUUAGAGAAGGCAUGGUUGGGUCUUCAUAUCCAGGAAACAACUGCAACUGUCCUGACAGCAACACUUGCUUCAAAGAAACCUGAACUAUCUACUGCAGAAUCUUCUGAUAUUAGCUCAUCUCAGCAAGGGAGUUCUUCAGGUACAGUUGUUCCACCACCUUCAGUGGACAAACAUGUAGAAUCCUCAGAUGUUGGACCACCAGGUGCUUCUAAUUCAGUAGAAGAAAGCAACAUUGGUGAACAUAUGGUUGAGGGCAAUGGCACUAAUUUUGAUGAUAAGGCACUUUCAAAAUCAUCUAAUGCUGACAAGUCAUUGAGUAUUGAGGCUGAGCAAGCUGCUUCUCAUGGUGAUGAAGCCAAGGAAUUAACUAGUCCUCCAAGGUUAGACCCAGACAGUUCUGUUGCUGGUGGCAUGUCUUCUAGCACUGAAGAUAAGCAUCCUGCUGAAGAGAAGAUUAUUAAUCAGUAUUUAGGUAUUCCUGGUGGAGAUUCACAUUUAGUUACUUCUGAAAAAAAUGAAGCUGAACAAAAUGAAAGGGAUAAAUGUGUUGAUGCUAUUAAGGCUGAUAUAGUGGGCAACAAUAAGAGUGUUAAUGCAGCCAGUGAGGUUCAUUUGAAUAUCCGAUUGCCCAGUGGAGUUAGCUUGCAAGACAAAUUUUCUGUGACAAGCACUUUAGGAAUGAUCAAAGACUAUGUGGACAGCAACCAAGCUAGUGGCAUUGGCCCAUAUGAUCUUGCUAUUCCUUAUCCUCGCAAGGUGUUCAGCAAUCAAGAUUUGAGCAAAUCAUUGUCUGAGCUGGGUCUGUUCAAUAGACAAGCAUUGAUAGUAGUUCCUCAUCAAAGGGCCACAAAUUACCACAGAGGAGGUUCUUCGUCUGACCAAACUUCUACAAUAACCGACAGUGAUUCAGUUGCACGUAACGGGGGAUAUUUUGCUUAUGUCAAAACAAUGCUAUCAUAUAUCAAUCCACUUUCCUAUCUUGGUGGUAAUACAAGUUCAUCAAGUCCUGGACAAGCGCAAAGUGGCAUGUGGGAGUACAGUCCAAAUCCUGCACUGCAGAGCAACAACUUAGCAAGGACAGACAGGCCAUACUCCAGCAACUCACCAAACCAAAGCACUUCGGCAACUGGCAGAAAUGAUAACAGGAGCCGACAACCAACGACAUCCCCAUUCGGAAGCAAUAUUCACACAUUGAAACACGAUGAAGAUGAUAGCCAGUUUGGUGAUAGAAAUCCAUUCUGGAAUGGAAAUUCAACUCAAUAUGGUGGCAACAGUGAUGGUAAAUAAGGCGUCUGCCAGAAUUUCGUUAGUCCUAUCAGCUUCUAUUGAGUAUGAACUUUUAUCUAUGGCAGUUACCAAGUUUAAUUAAAUGAACUACAGUAGUAUAUAUGACCAACAAUGAAAAGAUAAAAAAAAUCCUUGAGGGAAAUAGAAGUCCUUGAAGUUACCUUGUGGUUGUAAAUAUCUACCUUUUGCCUCACGAAUUGGAUCUUGUUCGUGUAGUAGUUAAGAGAUGAAUAGGCCUACUUUUAAGCCUGUUUCUUUUAUCUUUUCAAUAGAAAACUAACGACGUAUAUUCAAGAAUAAAUGUGGAACUUAUCACAGGCUA